CUCCUUCUCCGGUAGUACAAUCUCCGUCGCCGAUAACAUCAGCUAGGGAAGAGUUUUGAGAGAUGGCAUCGAAGUUGCUACAAUUGAAAUCCAAGGCCUGUGAAGCAUCGAAGUUUGUGUCGAAGCACGGCACAACUUACUACAAACAGUUGCUGGAGAAGAACAAGCAGUAUAUCCAGGAGCCAGCCACUUUAGAGAAAUGCAAUGAAUUGUCUAAGCAGCUUCUCUACACUCGUCUUGCUAGCAUUCCUGGGCGUUCUGAGUCAUUUUGGAAGGAAGUCGAUCACGUGAAGGGCUUAUGGAAGAAUCGGGCGGAUUUGAAGGUUGAAGAUGCUGGAAUUGCUGCACUUUUUGGUUUGGAAUGCUUUGCGUGGUACUGUGCUGGAGAGAUUACUGUGAUAACAAUGGCUAAGGAUGAAGCCAAGGCAUCAGAUUUUUCCAAGGGAUUGCUGAAAAGUGAAGAGCUCUAUAAAUAUAUACUGGAGACCAGUGUGUACCCACGCGAGCCAGAGGUUCUCAAGGAGCUUAGGAACAUUACUCAUAACCACCCUCAAGCUGGGAUGGCUACUGCACCCGACGCUGGCCAGUUGAUAGAGAUGCUGCUGAAUCUGGUAAAUGCAAGAAAGACGAUCGAGGUCGGGGUUUUUACUGGAUACUCUCUUCUCCUCACUGCUCUUACAUUACCAGAAGAUGGCAAGGUUAUCGCCAUUGACGUGAAUAGAGACUCGUAUGAAAUAGGAUUGCCAGUUAUAAAGAAAGCUGGUGUUGAACACAAAAUUGAUUUCAGAGAGUCUGAAGCUCUUCCAGCCCUCGACAAGCUUUUAAACGAUAAAGCGAAUGAGGGUGGAUUCGAUUUCGCAUUUGUGGAUGCAGACAAGGUGAACUAUUGGAACUACCAUGAGAGGCUUAUUAGACUGAUCAAGGUUGGUGGGAUUAUAGUGUAUGACAACACUCUCUGGGGAGGAUCAGUUGCUGAACCGGACUCCUCCACUCCCGAGUGGAGGAUAGAAAUCAAGAAAGCAACCCUCGAGCUGAACAAGAAACUCUCGGCUGAUAAGCGUGUGCAGAUCUCGCAAGCUGCACUUGGCGAUGGAAUCACUAUUUGCAGGAGAUUAUAUUGAGCUGUUCUUAGUGAUCUUUUGGGUCCUGUGAAUGUGAACCCUUCCGAGCAUUUGUGAGGCCCUACACGAAAAAUAUAAUGAGGCCCAAUAUAUUUAUAAGUUUUAG